AUGUGUGGUGUGAUUGAGUUGGCUCGUAAAGACCUGGAUAAUUGCAGUGUGAAAUCACGAAAGAAUAUAUCGUCGAUUGAAAUGGAGUUAUGCAUCAAAAGCACCAAAGAGGCCAUCAGGAGGUGCAACAGCUUUAUGGAUAUAUCGACGCACAUACACAAUGUAUUCAAUGAUAAUACGGAUGACACGGCUAACAGAUUAUGGCAUUGCAUUGCAUUCUCCAAACACGGCGGCGAGUCUCUCGUAACGUCCAAACAAUACUGUCAUCUGGUGUGUGGUUUGCUUCACAUCGAAGUAUUUAGUACUGUCAAGAGUCGAGUGGUCGGUGUAUCCGAUGAGGAAUUGGAUGAAUUCAUAUGUGGUAUAUGUCUGGAAGUGUUUGUCAACCCAGUGGUCACCCAAUGCUGUCAACAAACGUAUUGCAAUGAAUGUAUCCAUUGGUGGCUCUCAGACCACAACACCUGUCCUAAUGAUCGCAAAAGUUUGAGUCGUGAAGUGAAGUGCGAUUUCUAUGCCAAUGGCUGUGAAUCAGUGGUGAAAAUGUGUGAAUUGUCACAACAUAUAAAUAGUUGUGACUACAAUCCUAACCGAAAGUGUGCGACCUGUCAAUUGCCUAUCGAUCGUAACAUUAAACACAACUGUAUUGAGAAUCUAUUGAUUCUUAAUAACAGUCUUUGCGAUGAAAUCAAGAGAAUCAGUUCCGAGAAUCAUAAACUCAGCAUGAAAGGGGUGAUAGAGUUGACUCGCAAAGACCUGGAGAAGUGUCUCGUGAGACAAAAUCUGGGAAUGUCUGUGACUGAAGUGAAUCUAUGUAUAGAGCGGGCAAAGGAGGCCAUCAGGAGGUGUGACACCUAUCUGGAUAUAGCUACACACCUAUCCCAAGCAUAUAAUAACAAUAAUAUCCCGACUCCCAGAAAAUGGCACUGCAUUGUAUUCUCGAGCACUGGCGGGCAGUCCCUCAAACGAGUGAUUGGUGUAUGCGAUGAAGAGUUGGAUGAAUACACGUGUGGUAUAUGUCUGGAAGUGUUUGUCGAUCCUGUGGUCACCCAAUGCUGUCGACAAACAUAUUGUAGUGAAUGCAUCAACGGUUGGCUAUCAGACCACAACACCUGUCCUAAUGAUGGUAAGCCUUUGAGUGUGAGUCCGGCGCCAAGAGUUUUGGUCAACUUAUUGAACAAAAUGCACGUUAAGUGUCAUUUCAAUGACGGCGGCUGUGAAUCGGUGGUGAAAAUGUGUGAAUUAGCACAACAUAUGAAUGAGUCAAAGCCAGACUAUGAUAAGUCCAAAUACAAAUUCAUUAAUAUGAAUUACAAUGAACUUUAG